AUGGUGGCUUCCAAAAGCCGCUACUAUUACUACUACGUCGACCCAGCAUGCGACGCCAAGUGCUACAAGGCCACAGGCCAACCCUUGGCCUUUUACGUUCACCGGGCGCAAGAGCAGGCUGCACGCGCUCUGGCACGCCUAAGGGACCGCCACGACACCGACUUUGCGCGCGUCUUCAAUGUCAUCAUGAAGACCCCCAGGGGCGACAGGGAGAGGCUGCCACGAUCCGGCUCAUGGCAGUGUCUCCGCCUGGGUUUCCGGCACCAGCCCAAGAGACACUGGCGAACGACCAUGCAGCACGUCGCCCGCGACCUGUCCACCUUUGCGCACAGGUUUCGCCCGUCCAGCGAUCGAAAGGCGGCACACGUGCGCUUUUUCAGCGACAAUGGGGAGCGCUGGGUACAGGACGGCCCGCACCUGUACGACCCUGUCAAUCAUAUCAUACACAAUGAUCGGACGGCGCCGCUGUCUCUUGACCAGGCUUCUGGGGCCUGUAUGCACCCCGAAGGCGAGGCCCGCGCGGACGAGAAUCCCGACCGGUUCAUUAUCGACUUUGGCGAGAGGUGUUGGAGGGAGAUUCGGGACGAGAAAAUGUACAUCCAGUCGCGUGGUGAUCUCAGCAAGGUUCACAUCAACGACCUCCUCGUCACCUCCCUCAGCCGCCUCAUCUUCCACGAGAUGAUGCAUGGGCCGCCCUUCCACCUCGACGAUAUCCCACACGCCGGCGAGACAGCCAUGUGGGGGGUCGUGAUGGCAAGCAGAAAGGGUGAUGCGCACAGAAAUGCUGAGUCGAUGGCCGCUUUGGGAUUCUGGGCCUCGUUGGCAGACACUAUACCUGCUGGCUGGGAGACUGGAGGAUACACGCUGGACCGGAGCUGGGACCAGAUACCGGGGAGCUCCGACGAUGUGAAGCACCAAGCUUCUGGGGAGCACCUUCUGAUCGUGGAGGAGAGGAAAGAAAGUGUUUAUGCACUCCCAGAGGCCAUGUCAAAGUGGAGCAUAUCCCAGGACAAUCCCGCUGCGAGGGGCGUUCUGGUGCCGUAUGCAGACCUCACGGGUCAACCGUGA